UGAGGAAUGAUGGAGCGGGGCAGCAGACGCUUGGAGGACUUCCCUCUCAACGUGUUUUCGGUCACUCCUUACACACCCAGCACCGCUGACAUCCAAGUGUCUGAUGAUGACAAGGCAGGGGCCACCCUACUCUUCUCGGGCAUCUUCCUGGGACUGGUGGGAAUCACGUUCACCGUCAUGGGCUGGAUCAAAUACCAAGGUGUCUCCCACUUUGAAUGGACCCAGCUCCUUGGGCCCAUCCUGCUGUCAGUCGGGGUGACAUUCAUCCUGAUUGCCGUGUGCAAGUUCAAAAUGAUCUCCUGCCAGUUGUGCAAAGAAAGUGAGGAAAGGGUCCUGGACUCAGAGCAGAUGGCUGGAGGACAGUCGUUUGUUUUCACUGGUAUCAACCAACCCAUCACCUUCCACGGGGCCACUGUGGUGCAAUAUAUCCCUCCUCCCUAUAGCUCUCAAGAUCCUGUUGGGAUGAACACCACCUACCUGCAGCCGGUGGUGAACCCUUGUGGCCUCAUACCAUCCGGAGGAGUGGUGGCCGCCACGCCAAGCCCUCCUCAGUACUACACCAUCUACCCUCCAGAGAACGCUGCCUUUGUGGACGACCAGGACUACGCUUCCUUCGUGGAUGGUGGACAUGACAGGUCCAGCCCCGAUGCUGAGCAGCUGGAAGAGACACAGCUGGGAGAUGGGGACUCUGCCACCUUCUCUCCUCCCUCCUAUGAGGAAAUAUACUCCCUCUCUCACCAGAGACUAUGA